CAAACGAAUCAUACUUGAUGAAGUUCGACUGGACUCGGAUAACUUGACCCGAUUUGAACCACAUCAGAGUUAAUUGAAACAGAGUUGACUCGAGCGAGUCACACAUCUUGAGGGUCUGAAUUGGAUCAUACUGAAACGAGUUUGAGUUGACUCGGACGAGUCGCACCUUAACCUAUGCACCUCUUAGUUAAACCUGCGCACCAUCCCCCAACGAAAAAAGAAAAAAGAAAAAAAAGAAAAAAAAAAAAGAAAAAAGAAAAAAAAGAAGCCCAAAACAGCAACAAGAGAGGGAGAAAGAAAGGACAUGCUCCUCCCCUUGUCUCCUCCCUCCACAAUGCCUCCUCAGAACUCCUUCUCUUCCAAACCCAAGAAACCCUCCUCAAACCCUAACCCUAACCCUAACCAUAGCAGCAGCAGCAGCAGCAGCUCCCAUCUCCUCCUCUGCAAGCACCACCACCAUUCCCCUUCUGCCACAACCCUCGACCUCCUCAUCCUCCUCCUCGUUCUCUUCUCUUCCCUUUUUCUCAUAUCCUCCCUCCUCUCUCACCUCUUCCAUUCUCUCUCUCUUCUUCUUUCCCCUCCCCCACUCCUUCCCCUUCCCCUCCUUCUCUCCUUCCUCCUCUUCUCUGCUAUUUCGAUCGCAGCCGUCGAAUUCUUCUGCCCUACCUCCCGCCGAUGCUCCAACCCUCGCUGUAAGGGCCUCAAGAAGUCCCUCGAGUUCGAUAUCCAGCUCCAGACCGAGGAAUCCCUCCGCUCGCCUUCCUCCCGUGAGAUUGACCUUCUUCCUUGGAAGGGUGGCUCCGAUUCCAACCCCGACUACGACUGCCUCCGAUCCGAGCUCCGACGCAUGGCGCCCCCCAAUGGCCGCGCUGUCCUGCUUUUCAGAUCCCGGUGCGGUUGUGCCAUUGCCAAGCUCGAGGCGUGGGGUCCCAAGCGCAGCCGCCGGCAUAAGAAGGGUGUGGGUACUUUGGCUAUUGAUGGAGGAGAUCGCUCUGAUCGUUAGUGGUGGUCCCAGUGCAGGUCCUAUUGGUUGGUCAGUUUUACCUGUGUCGUUUUUCCCUCAGGUUUUGAAUUCCUUGAAUUUUCUUUCCUAGAUAGAAUCUUCACUCAUGCAAAUGACUAUUCUCGGCCAAAAAGAAAAAAAAAAGGUGGGUCUGUCCAAGUAGUUAAAAAAAAGAAAAGAAAAGGUGAAAAGAAAAGGAACCUCCAGCCUGACAACAUAUAUCCCUGCCAUGUCUGGACAACAUUAUUGGCGUAUGAUUGUUGGCUAUCUUGGGAGGUGAUUUCCUCCAGUCUGUUGUGAACGCUGUCAGGAUAGAGUCGAUAAUACCAAUAAUAUAUACAAAGGGGCAAUGGACGUGGGUUUGCUACCUUUCGCAAUCAUUAUCAUCAUCGUCCAGUUUUGUUUCUGCUGCUUCUUUUUUUUUUCUUCUUGUAUUUUUUAUGGAGAAUGAUUAUUUAUGAUCAUCUGUCUGAAGAAAUAGAGGUCAUGUGACCAGCAAAAUACAGGAGGGCCCUCUCACAUGAUCUGUCAAAAUAGCUAGCGUUGCAUGGGUGUUGGUGUAUGGGGCCAGUCGUGGCAGCAAGGCUAUUGUUCUUGUUUUUUGUUUUGGAUUUUGGGAUGCGAUGUAAGCGGCUGUUUAUGUGUAGCAAUUCCCAUCUGCAAAAUGAUUGGGAGAGUUUGCAUUUAGAUACAAAUAUUUGCAGCCAUUUGAUGAACAGAGAAUUGCUUAGGCCUUAAAUUUUAAAGGGAAAUACUGGAACGCCUGACAUUGGAUUUUUGCA